AUGUCAGGCCAAUCCACACCGAACGCUUCGGCGCAACCGAAGCAGAUGUCUUCCCGACUUCUAAACAUGAAGUUCAUGCAACGUGCUACCGCCUCCACUCCAUCAGGAUCGCCUAGCCAGUCAUUUUCGGAUCCGCGCUCAAAGCGACGGAAGACUGACACCACGUCACGCAACUCAACGCCCUACAAGUCCGGUGAAAGCACGCCGCUGAGUCACUUCGCAGCUCAAAUCAUGGAAGAUAGAGAAGCACAAGGGUCAUCGAGAACUACUCGAGAAGGCGACGAGACCGAGUGGGUGCUCAAGGUCAAUAUUCCUCCGACCAACGGUCAUCUGGACGACACGGAUGGGUCCGAGGACGACAUCUGGUCAACGAAGGUCACAGGCCGACAGACGUUUGGUGGUUUCAAAAGACAGCGAAAACAGCCAACCAAAGCUCCUCGCGAUGAUGCUGAUGCGGAUCUAAGUUCGGCUUCGGAAGGUGAGAUUUCAGACUCUGACAACUCUCCCAAAGGUCGGCCAAAUGGCGGAACCGACCGCUUCUUCACCAAGCAGGGCCAUCGACAAGUAUCAGACAAUGCAAGUCCCUUGCGGGCCCACGCGCAACAACAGGACCGCAAGCGAAAAAAGGGCGCAGACAAAUCAGGCGGUCGUAAGAAAGCCAGAAAGACCAUGUGA